AUGGAUUCGAUCAAGAAACGCAAGAUUGACGAUAACGGUGUCAUAACGGUGGAUACAGAUGCCUUCAUCCCUUACAAACUCACCCCCGAUGAUGCACGCAAAAUUAUUGAGCCCUUUUCCCACGAACAGUUGUUGGAAAUUGUUCAAAACGCCGUUCUGCGUCACCCAGAUGUGCUCGACGCCGUUAGGUCAAUAGCCGACCGGGAUAUGACCCUGCGGAAGCUGUUCAUUCGAGGACUUGGAUGGGAGACCACCACUGAUAAGCUACGCGCUCUGUUCUCGGGAUAUGGGGAGUUAGAUGAGGCGGUGGUUAUUCUCGACAAGGCUACAGGAACCGAGUAA